AUGGCAACUGGAUCUCCCAUCAUCAGAGGCCCAAGCCAACAACUUGGUCCCAAUUACCGAGCUUCAGAAGACAAGCCGACUGCAACGGUCUCGACGGUGCCCAAGAUUAACAAUCUUCACAUCCUUCCCCAGACCCCACAGCUCAUCGCUCUCCUCACCAUGCUGCGCGACGUCAAUACCGAUCGCGCCGACUUCAUAUUCCACUCCAAUCGAAUCAGCAGACUUUUGGUUGAAGAAGCCCUAAACCACUUGCCAGUCUUGCCGCACCCAGUCACGACUCCAGUUCAAGGUCGGACUUAUUCAGGCGUCAGGUUCGAAGGAAAGAUCUGCGGGGUGUCCAUCAUGCGAGCUGGGGAAGCCAUGGAGCAAGCACUUCGCGAGUGCUGCAGAUCUGUGCGUAUCGGUAAAAUCCUCAUUCAGCGAGACGAGGAAACUUCGAAGCCACGUCUUUUCUACGACAAGCUACCAGAAGACAUCAAGGAUCGAUGGGUAUUGCUGCUAGAUCCCAUGCUCGCCACAGGAGGUAGUGCCCUGAUGGCAGUGGACGUCCUCCUCAGUCGAGGCGUGCCCGAGGACAGGAUCAUAUUCCUGAAUCUCAUCUCAAGCCCCGAGGGAGUGCAGAACUUUGCGGACAAAUACCCCAAAUUGAGAGUCGUGACGGCUUUCGUCGAUCAGGGACUCAACGAGAAGAACUACAUCGUGCCAGGUCUGGGAGACUUUGGUGACAGAUUCUAUACACUCUAG